ACUAGUAUUUAGCUGUACCGCUUUUCCUGGAGUCGACAGAUCAAAAAUGAAGAAUUAUGUAGCUAACAUCAGCUUGACAAUUAAUCGCACACUUUAAACAUAUAAUAUAUCUCGGUGUAGAUUAUAAUUCGAAUGGAAUAUUUUGCCUACUCCAGUGGUAAUGGUUGAACAACGUUGAUCAUAUACGAAUAACUCUAAUUAUCGCUCACAGAAGCAUCGUAUCAAGAAACCCGUCAAUUUAAUUGUGUUAUUGUCAACAAUCAAUAAAGUGUUCGCAAAAUUAAUGUAAAUUAAUUAUUCAAGUCAUUUCUUGAGAUUUGAUUUAAAAGUAUAAAUAUAUUUAAAUGUGUUCAAUAGAAUGCCAAAGGAAAGCAAGAGCUCCGCAACUAUUCGACGAAGGAAACGCAAAAGCGUCGGAAUUCAUACUCCAAGUGGUAAAAAAGAUCAACCGGAUGAACCGUAUGAUUCCAAUUUUGAGGACGUUGAGGUCAAAACAGAACCAAUGACAUCAGGGCCUCUAGCACUUCAACGUCUCUUCAAAUCUGAAUGGACUCUAUUUCUAGGCUUAUUAGCUUUCAGGUGUAUAAACGCUUUAAUGAUCCAAACUUUCUACGUGCCUGAUGAAUAUUGGCAAUCCCUAGAGGUGUCUCAUAAUAUGGCUUUUGGCUACGGCUACUUAACCUGGGAGUGGAAAGCGGGCUUAAGAGGUUAUUCUUAUCCAACUCUCUUUGCUGCUUUAUACAAAAUAUUAGCAAUUUUUAAGUUGGAUUAUAGAAUAUUUCUAAUUAAACUACCAAGAAUUUUGCAAGCAAUAUUUGCAGCUCUAUGUGAUUUAUAUCUAUAUAAAUUCUCAAGUAAAAUAGCAAAUCAAAAUGUUGCUAAAUGGAGUUUGUUAUGUCAGUUAACGUGUUGGUUUACUUUCUAUUGUUAUACCAGAACUCUGACAAAUUCAAUGGAAACUGUACUUUCGACUAUGGCUCUAUUUUAUUUCCCAUGGCCUGGAAAACCUAAAAAAGCGCACUGGAAGUAUUUAACUUUAGUCGGAAUGGCAAUUGUUAUUAGGCCAACAGCUGCUAUUAUGUGGGCUCCUUUGGUUCUAUGGCACUUCUUUUUCAACAGAUCAGUGGUAUUUAGAAUAUUAAAGACUUUUGCGGAAAGAGUAUUUAUCGUUUUGACUCUAUCUUCAAUAGUUGAUAGGAUAUUUUAUGGAAAAUGGGAAAACGUCCAAUAUAACUUUUUGAAACAGAAUGUGCUGAAUAACAUAGGCUCCUUUUAUGGUUCACAUUCAUGGCACUGGUAUAUUACUCAGGGUUUACCAGUUGUACUUGGGUCACAAACAAUUGCCCUUGUUCUUGGUUUACGAAAAUGCCAGGAAAGGAUAUGCAUAUUUCUAGUCGUAUGGACAAUCUUUAUUCUCAGUUUACUGGAUCACAAAGAAUUCAGAUUUCUUUUACCAAUUGUACCUUUAUCUAUGCACAUAUGCGCAUCCUAUUUGAAUCAAUUAACUGAAAAUACAUCAGAAAAGGAUGAUAAUAAGAGCGUUAAAUCAAAGUAUUCAACAACGCAACUCAUCGUAAUAUUUCUAAUUGCAACGAAUCUACCAAUAGCAUUAUACACUUGUUUACUACAUCAAAGAGGAACCAUCGACGUGAUGAAGUUUAUUAGCAAUGAUAAUCAGAAAACUUUGAAUGAUACAAGAGUUCUCUUUUUAAUGCCCUGUCACUCGACACCAUAUUAUAGUUAUAUGCACAGGAAUAUAUCUAUGAGAUUUCUAACAUGCGAACCGAAUUUAACUGGAAUUUCUAAUUAUACCGACGAAGCUGAGAUUUUCUAUCAAAAUCCUAUUUCUUGGAUUUCGGAAAAUCUUAACACAACUGAAAAUGAGCAUAUGCCUACGCAUUUGAUAAUGUUCUCAACAUUGGAAAGAGUCAUAUUCAAUAGUAUAUCACAGUUAAGUUUUAAAAAAUGCGCCAAAUUCUUUCAUAGUCAUUUUGCUGAAGGAAGAGUUGGUAAAUAUGUUGUUGUCUACUGCAAAAAUUAG